AGAUGUCGAAUGAUACCUACAAGUUACUAUAUCCAUGUAUAUAUGUACACACAUACAUACAUACUGCUGUACACUAACAUUAUUUCAUAUAUUGAACAGCUGACAGUUGUAUGUAGCUGAACUCGCGGAACGAUGAAACUUGAAACACGAAAACACUGAAUCUUGUUUCAGAUAUUUUGUUGUCGUGACAACUCAGCGGGAGAUUUUUACAUUAUACGUUUAUGAAGUUAAUAUUUGAUUACAUAAAACUUCAAGUAUUUGUCAUUUAGUACAAUUUAUUUUAACACAACAAUAACCUGUGAAUAAGUAUAAUAAAACUAAAUAGUUAAUUUUACAGUCUAGUAUAGAAUUAUUUUUACUAUAAUCAUACACGAUGUAUUUAAACUUCUAAUUACGAUUUAAACGCACUGAUAUAAAAAUAAGCUUAAAUAUAAAAGAUUGUUUAUUUUUCAUAAUAAGUUCCAUGUACCGACGACUAUCUACAUAUGUACUGUAUACAUAUAUACGGUAGUUGUACAUACUUGCGUACAUGUAUAUGGUUUCGCGAUCUUGUCGGCCUUGUGGAUAGUGAUAUGAGAGCUUUCAGUAUCUACUGUGUUCAGUAGUUCCGCGACACCCGUAACGAGAGUGUUAAAGAUGAAUAAGUAAAUUAUUUAAAAUGAAACAAAAAAAGAUAUUGUUAUUUAGUUGAAACUUUAUGGAUAUAAGUUAUCUGUACAGGUUUUGACGUAAACAAAUACCACCGAAUAGUUGUUAAAUUAAUAAAUAUUUUAUUUUAAUACUCAAACUGAUGGGUGAAAUUGACAUCUUGUGUAGUAAAAUUUGUUGAUCUUCCGAAAAUCGACAUGGAUACAUCUAGUUUUCCUCAACUUUUUGCGGCAAUAAAAAAUUUUUUACAAGUUCAACGCAUUAAAGAAAUAGAAUGGAUGAAUCCUCGAGCAUGUAUAAAUGAAGCAUACAAUCCUACAACCAUAGAGCAUGUAGCAAAUGUGGCUACUCAUGGAAUAUGGAUUGUACCAUCUGUUAUGGGAUGUUUAGAACUUAUCCGUCGAUCUAUAACAUUGACACAAUUUGUAUCAGCUUAUGUUUAUGGUACAUCUUUAAUUCUUGUUUUUGCAGUAUCAACUUUUUUUCAUAGUGUGCAUUACUGCAAUUAUAACAGGCGACUUAAAGAUGCGCUACACCGUUGUGAUCGUGCUAUGAUUUACAUUUUUAUUGCUGCUAGUUAUUUUCCUUGGUUGAAUGUAGACCAUUUCCCUCAUGAUGAACUAUUGUUUACAAUGCGUUAUGCUAUUUGGAUUAUGGCAAUAAUAGGAAUACUUUAUCAACAGAUCUUCCAUGAACGAUAUAAAAUGUUAGAAACAGUUUUUUAUUUAAUUAUAGGAGUUGGUCCUAGCAUUGCAAUUAUUAAUGUUUAUAAUUACUAUAACAUUACUGAGCUAAAAAUGGGAGGACUUAUCUAUGUUACUGGCCUGGUAUUUUUUAAAUCUGAUGGUCUCAUACCCUGUGCGCAUGCUAUUUGGCACCUUUUUGUUGCUGCAGCAGCUGGAUUUCAUUAUUAUGCAAUAUUGUGUCAUGUUUUCCCUACAACUGGUUCUCCAGAUAUUUAUGUAGCAGCAGGUGUACCAUCUUUACCUGAGUUAAUGAAUUCUCAUAUUGAUGAAUUAUGAAAAUGCAAAACAAAAUAUUAUUCUUCUAUAAAUUGAAAACCUGGAAAAUUAGGAUCUUUAGGGUACAAAUUUUAUUGAAGAUUGUAUUUUGAUUGCUGUGUCCAAAGGACUUUCUUUUAAGAAUUAGAUUCAAUUGAUAGGUACUUUUAUGAAUAGCAAUUUGUGUAAGUGUACAUGUAUAUUAAGAAUGUGUACCAUAUUCACGAGAAGAUGACACAGAGAAAUUCCAUCUAUUUACCAUAUACAGAUUAUACCUAAGAGUAGAGUCCCCUGCAUCCCACUGUCAACAUCUGUGCCAUUUUCUCGCGGACAAGCAGUAUAUACAGUUUUCCCUUGUUGGCAUUCCAUGAUUCAGGCAAGUCAAUAAAUUGCUAUCGAAUAAUAAUAAACACUAAUUCCUAUUGGUUGGCAACUUGGAUAUAUUGCUAGAUGAGAGACAAAGAGAAGAACUACUGGAUACGAUCUAAGACAGUGAUGAUAACAAGAUGUUAAAGGAAAAUUGUUCAGUAUUUUUUCUGCAACGUCGCGCGACUCGAGAGAAUGUAAGAUGCUUAGAAUAGUGAAAGUCAUUUUGCCUUUGCUCCAAUUGACUGAUUUUUUGCUGUCACUUUGCGAUUCGCAAUGAUUCUAUCAUAAGAUAUUUUGGCAGAAUUGGAAAAGCCACGUUACAGAGGGAAUACUGUAGUUUCUGUGCAAUAUGUAAAUAUACUUGGAAAGUAAUUAUGAUAAGUACCUGAAUUAGAGAAUGAAAAUUACAUUCACAAAUUGUGGAUGUUUAUUAAAAUGUUACUAAAAAUGUUAGUAAAUUUGAAUUGUGGUAUAUAUUUAUAUAUUUAAAAAAUUGACAGCAUGGAUUUAAAUUAGUAUGAAAAAGCAGCACUAUUUAGCAGU